AAUAAACCCUAAUCCCCUUAUAUUGGCGUCUCUUUUCUCCGUUGCAAAGCAAGACGUCUGAAGAGCAAACCCUGGUGAUAUCAGCGGCGGCCGGCGAUAGAGGAGAAAUCAGCCAUGGCGACGGCGAAAACUGUGAAAGACGUAUCCCCGCAUGAGUUUGUGAAGGCUUAUGCUGCUCAUCUGAAACGCUCCGGCAAGAUGGAACUCCCACACUGGACCGACAUAGUGAAGACCGGCACCUUCAAGGAACUUGCCCCUUAUGAUGAGGAUUGGUAUUAUAUCAGAGCUGCAUCAAUGGCAAGGAAGAUCUACUUGAGGGGAGGUCUAGGUGUUGGUGCGUUCAGGAGGAUCUAUGGGGGCCGUAAGAGAAACGGAAGUGCCCCACCACAUUUCUGCAAGAGCAGCGGAGGUAUUGCCCGCCAUAUCCUUCAGCAAUUGCAGACAAUGAACAUUGUUGAUUUUGACAGCAAGGGUGGACGAAAAAUCACUUCCAGUGGACAGAGAGAUCUUGAUCAAGUUGCUGGAACAAUAGUUGUUGCUCCUUGAGGGAUGUUUCAAAAGCUCCUCUAAACUACAUUUAGAUAGUUAAUGAUGUUUUGGUAUUUGAAUCAAAAUAGAUAUGAUGCUCUCUAAACAAUUUUUUGGUCAGCGGCCAGAUGUUCGUAAUAUGAAUGAUGUUUGUUCGUGUAUGUUGGCACUUGUUAUGAUAUUUCAUCGACUUUUGAGUAUUCA